GCAACAGCAGCAAGAGCAGACUGACUGACUUCUGGAAGAAGUCUGGAGAUGUUUGUUUAGUUUCAAUUUGACUUUUGACAGGACCGCACGCAUCCCUGAGCUGUCAUUAGAAAUACAGCCGUUGAUUCGGGCAUGACCGAGGACACCAGCAUGACUGAGAGCGAAUCAGACGCGAAGGAAGUCACCGCGCCGAAGGCGGCUGAGGUGGACGGGGAGCAGUCUGAGGUGAAGCGCGAGAACGGGGGCAGUAAACUCGCCCUGAGCGACGAGAAAGCCCCAGAGACCGGCCCAGCAGAGUUCGAGCCCCCCGAGGGCGGAUGGGGCUGGGUGGUGAUGCUGGCCGCUAUGUGGUGCAACGGUUCGGUGUUCGGGAUCCAGAACGCGUUCGGCAUCUUGUUCGUGUCUCUGAUGAAAGAGUUCGGCUCCGAGGACGACGAAGACCUCCGCUUCAAAACCGCAUGGGUCGGUUCUCUCUCCAUGGGUAUGAUCUUCUUCUGCUCACCAAUCGUCAGUGUAUUCACAGAUCUGCUCGGUUGCCGGAUAACAGCGGUUGGAGGGGCUGCCGUGGGGCUUGUGGGACUUCUGGCCAGUUCUUUUGUCACGUCUCUCGGGCCGUUGUACUUCACCUAUGGCAUAGUGUUUGCAUGCGGGUGCAGUUUUGCAUAUCAGCCCAGUCUGGUGAUCCUGGGUCACUACUUCAAGCGCAGGCUGGGCCUGGUGAAUGGCAUGGUAACGGCAGGCAGCAGUGUGUUCACCAUCACGCUUCCGUACAUGCUGUCUGGUCUGCUGGAUCGCGUGGGGCUGCAGAACACGCUGCGGGUGUUAGCCAUAUUCAUGUUCAUCCUCAUGCUGGCGGGCUUCACCUACAGACCGCUCCUGCCCAAACCCGUGAGCAGCAGCAAGUCUGGCAGCCGCUGUCCCUCACUCAACAAGGUGUUCAACGUGCACAUCUGGAAGUCUCUGGGAUAUCGCAUCUGGGCUUUUGGAAUCCCUGCAGCCCUGUAUGGAUACUUUGUGCCGUAUGUUCACCUGAUGAAACAUGUGGAGGAGCGCUUUGGAGAGGACGCUAAUAAAGAGGUUCUGCUGAUGUGUAUCGGCAUCACGUCUGGAGUGGGUCGGCUCAUCUUCGGCAGAGUGGCAGAUUACGUACCUGGAGUCAACAAAGUCUACCUACAGGUGUCUUCGUUCCUGGUCAUCGGCGUGAUGUCCAUGAUGAUUCCCCUGUGUCACAUCUUCGGCGGGCUGAUUGCCGUGUGUCUGCUCAUGGGUCUGUUUGAUGGCUGUUUCAUCAGCAUCAUGGCUCCCAUCGCCUUUGAGCUGGUGGGCUCUCAGAACGUGUCGCAGGCAAUCGGCUUCCUCCUGGGCAUGAUGUCUGUCCCCAUGACUGUUGGGCCUCCAAUCGCAGGAUUCCUCCGAGACCGUUUGGGCAGCUAUGAUGUGGCGUUUUACCUGGCGGGCAUCCCUCCCAUCAUCGGUGGAGCCGUUCUGUGUCUGAUCCCCUGGGUGGAGGCCAAGAGGAGGAGGAAGCAACAGGAGGUGGCGGCCGACACCAUGGAGAAAAUGCUGGAACACAAGAGUGACGAGCAGGACGAGGCAGACGGCAGAGCCAAGAGUGACGAGCCGGAAACUGACAUCUGAGAAACACACAAUCAUUGGCCGUUUAUCACGGACAGACCGAACAAGGUGUGUUCUGCAUAUGAAUAAUGUUGUGGAUUGCGUUUUCUAUCCCUUGAUUUACUACAGGAAGUAAUGAAACACUUUGGCAGAACAUGAAGAACGGGCAGACACCAGGUGACCCACACAAAUGUGAUGCGUCAUUCAGAACAUUUCCUUCAGUAUUUUUUGGUUUUAAGUUAACUUGAAAGUUCGAACAAUUCUUCAUUAAGAAGGGAAAAUGUUCUGCAAACUUAGUCCUCACAGAAGAUUCAUGGGAUUUGAAUCAGCAGGUUAAAAAUAUUGCUAACAGUUUACCAGAAGGUUUUUAUUAAAGUAGCAUUUGUUAAAGCAUUAGGUAACAUGAACUACAAAUGGAAAAUACAUUUUUACAGCUUUUAUUAAUUCAUUGGUUAAUAUUAAUUGAUAAAUUGAAUGUUAGUGUAGAAUGAAUGAAUUAAUGUACAGAACCUUUAUAUGGAGGGCCAAAUUACUCAAAAUAAAAUCAUUAAAUCAAUUAUUUCUCUCAAAUACAUUAGAAAAAGAAAUGAAAUCGUUCAAAAUGAUUCAACUAUUGUUGUGUGACGUGCUGGUAGCCGUGGCACUGACAAUAAAAAGACAAUAAAAAGACAUGAAGCUUGUGCCAAAGAUGAAAUACAACGGACAUGUAUUGAUCUAUUUAGUGAUUUCAUGAUUCAUUAAACUAUUUUAUAUUUAUUUCAUGAUUUAAUUUUGAGUAAUUUGUCCCUCCAUACUUUCAAUGUUCAAAUGUAUUAGUAAAUAUGGAAAUGAACAUGAAUUAAUAGUCAGUUCAUGUUAACUAACGUGAAUGUGUGCAAACUUGUGAAAGGUUUCCAAGUUGUAGCCGAGUUUCCUUUCAUUCCUGCAAUGAAUCCAACUUUAGUUUUAUUUUUGACUACAACAUCUAAAUUUGGUUUCAUUUGGCAUAGAAAUGAUUGCAUGUAUUAAUUUCCUUCUACACUUGCGUAAAAGUGUAUUUGUGUAUGUACACUAUAGCCAUGCGUAAGAUAUUCAAUAUAUAAGCACUUAGUGUUUGUUAAGAGUAAGUCACCACAUGACCACAAUGUUCUUAUAUGCAAUUAUCUUUACGUGAACUCUUCAAAUAACAAAAGAGGAAACAGAAAUGCUGCUUUUACAAAAUCUGAAGUGAUUUUAUUAAGUAUUGGUAUUGGCCCAGUCUGAAAUUGGAGAUUAGAUUAGAUUAUUAUGCAAGGAAAACAAGCCAGAUUGAAUUUAUUCUGUGUAAAGUUAUAGAAGUAUUUAAAAUGUUGCCGUGUUUUCAUUAGAAAUGUGGCAUUUGUGUUGUGUUCAAUGGGGCUUCUUUUUAAUCAAAUGUUUCAAUGAGAAAGCCUUCCUGGAAGGAAUGUUUACAUGCGUUGAACACCAGACAGGGCAGACAUUAGUAUUUGCAAUGAAUUGCAAAGUUGCUUUGAAUUGAAUUAAUUUUUUUAACUGAAUGUUGAAAAGAUCUUAAAGUGUGUUCAUUUGUCAGAUCUAGCCGUGUUGCCAUGGUGACCUCCAUUUGAUAUACAUUAGACUUGGUGUCAGUCAAAUUUCAGAAUGUUUUUCUCAAUGUAAACCGACAGUGAUUAUUUGUGUGUGUGUGAAUAAUUUCUUGCCUUAAUAAGCACAUCUGCAAAGACAUUUCAUAUAAUUCUUGACAACACUUUAUAAUUAGGUUCUUCUUAAUGUCCUCCGAUUUUUAAUCAUACAAUAUAUAUACUAUUUACAUUUUAUUGCAAAGUGUGCCAAGUUGGUUUCUGCUUUUGUCUUUCAUGUAAUCACCAACUGAUCCAACCCCCUAUAUACAUACUGUAUAAGGUAGAAGUGAAUUUGGUCGUGAAAUCAGACUCUUUUCAUGAGUCAUACUGAUAAAAAACAUGUCCUUGGAAUCUCACAUAAUCAGUCUAGUAGAGUAUUACUUUAGUUUCGUAAUAUACCUCAGUUGACGUUACUCGUGAACUGUUCCUCAGAAAUCAUUUGAAACAACAAUCACCAAGUGCUCAAGUGUCCCAUGUUUCUCCCUUGUUAUUCCGUUUCAUGCAAAUAUUAUUUGUGUGUGUGUGUGUGUGUGUGUGUUUCCUGUCACAAAUGUAUUGCAAUUAGGAAUAAUAGUGCCUUGAUGAUGUGAUUAUUGGAUGGAGAUGACUUAAUGAUUUUGAAUGGAAGUUCAACCAAUGGCACAAUGUUUUAUCUUCCUCCCACUUGCAUACCAAAAAAUGGUUGAUUACAUUUUUGUGUUCAUUUAAAGCAAAUUAUUUUAAAAUCUGUACACUACUUUUUAUUUAAUUCUGUCUUUAAAACUCAUUCAUUUAAAUGAUCUUUCCUUUGAGACCCAUUUGUUCACAGUUGUUUUCCAACAAUAUUUGUUUUGCAGAAGAUUAUCUCUUUGUACUUGGUCCUUUUUUGUUGGAUUUUUAAUCUUUCAUCAUAUUGGUCAUGUAAACCAAACAAGAAAGGGUUUUCUACAUAUUUUGUAGUAUGAAUGGGGAUCAGCUGUAAUUUCUCAGGGUAAAAUCAAAGAUCUUCAGGCCGCCGCUAAACACCAAAAACUUGACCUUAAACGCUUGAAUAAUUCAUUGAAACUUUUUGUCCAUCUGUUUAACAACACUUUUGUGUUAUAAUUGAAAUGUGUAAAAGGAAAUUGACCAAAAGCAAAACAUACCAUUAUUAAUGAGUUGUAAAUCGCACUUAAACAGUGUGACGGUAAAAGUGAGCUACUCUUUUGUUUCUCCAUCAGUCUCUUUCUUUCAAUGUAUAAUCACAAUCCAGACAAUUGGAUCCAUGUGAGAAAUUAGAGUAGCAUAAUGAACAACAAAGUAGCAUGAUUUCAGCUUCUGUUAUUUGUUUUAUGAUGUGCCAAAGAAUUUGUAGACAUUGUUGAAGUUCAGAAAGUUGUAUUAAUAAAGAAUGUACUUUUCUGUACUGUUGUUUUGAACAGUA